ACAGGAACAAGCUCCAGACACUGUUAGAAAAGAUCGGGGUGACUCCUACCUCACCCACUCUCACUCCUCGAACCCUGUUCCAUCUCAUCAAGAAGAACCAACGCUCUGAAGUGCUCACUAUGCUGGAGUUUGAUUCCUAGUGCAUCUCUGUGGACUUGAGCAGAUCUUCAAACUUAUUUGUAGGAAAACCUUUUUUUUGUGAUUUUUGCCCUAGAGGAAGCAUUUGCUGCGUCUUAUAUAAAGAUUUUUGACAGGUUAUAGAGUGAAGAUUCUGCCCAUUUACAUUUGCUCUUAAUUCUUAAUUCUGACCGAGUCAUUUGGGCUGAUGGGAUCGGACGUGCGAGAUCUGACUCCCCUCAUGCCCGCCGUACCCACUCUACCACCUCUUCCAGGGCCCAACAGCGGAGCUCCUCAGUGGGGUCCAAUCGUCGACUUUCACCCUGGCUCUCCAUACGGAGCUCUGCCCUCACACUCGUUCAUCAAGCAGGAGCCCGGCUGGGGGUCAGUGGAGACCCACGAUGACCCUCACUGCACCCUCGGUGCCUUCACUGUGCACUUUUCAGGGCAGUUCACCGGCGGCUGCAGGUACGGCGCAUUCACUGAACCAUCGUCCGGACAGAACAGGGGGUUCAGCAGCACUCCGUAUCUGAGCGGCUGUGCUGAGAAUCCUCCAAUGUCUAGGAGUCAGACAGAUGUGGAUGGAGCGCUCAGUUUUCCCCACACUCCUGUGCACCACUCUCCACCCUUCCCCUGCUCUCACCCUUUUAAACACGAGGAUGCUUUUUCACAGUCCACCAUGGAUGAGCAGCAGUACCUGGCCCCGCCCCCUGUCUAUGGUUGCCACACCCCCAGCGACAGCCAGACUCUACUUUUACGAAACGGCUACAACAGUGAUAAUCUGUACCAAAUGGCGGAAUGUAUGACCUGGAACCCGGUCAACAAUCUGGCCUCCACCAUCAAGAGUCCGACUACGGGUAUAGAGAGCGAGCCCCAAGCAGCUGUUGCUCCUGUGAUGUACAGCGCUCAGUACCACAUACACACACACGGCGUCUUCCGAGGAAUUCAGGAUGUGAGGCGAGUACCGGGGAUCACCCCCUCCGUCGUGAGGUCGGGCGAGUCCAGUGAGAAACGCCCGUUCAUGUGCUCGUACCCUGGCUGCAGCAAGAGAUACUUUAAACUCUCACACCUGCAGAUGCACGGGAGGAAACACACAGGGGAGAAACCGUAUCAGUGCGACUUCACAGACUGUGGACGCAGAUUCUCCAGAUCAGACCAGUUAAAGAGACACCAGCGCAGACACACAGGAGUAAAACCCUUUCAGUGUGAGACGUGUCAGAGAAAGUUCUCACGCUCCGACCACCUCAAGACUCACACUCGGACUCAUACAGGUAAAACAAGUGAGAAACCGUUCACCUGUCGCUGGCCGAGCUGUCAGAAGAAGUUCGCUCGGUCAGACGAGCUGGUCAGACAUCACAGCAUGCACGAGAGGAACGUCACUAAACUGCAGGCAGCUCUCUGAUCUCCCCCCAAAACCCUUACACAUAUAAUCAUUAACUAAAACAGACACGUUGUACAGAGUGAUGACGGCAGUGCUCAUGACUGAACACCCAAUUAUUAACCUCAUUAAACUGCUCUGGAAUAUACAAGGCCAGAAACAAAGUAAAAAAAAAAAAAAAAAAACUAUAGCUAUAAACAAAAGGCUUUAAAGGCCUGUUUUAGAUUAUCUCAUGCUGUAAAUAACAUAUGAUUGCUUAGAAUCAGAGAGUCUCUAACACGGACAGACUGGUUCACUUCAAAUCAUGUUGUUAUUUCUGAUUUUACCAACAUGCUCAUUUUUAUAAGAUGGACUGUUAUAUUUCUUUGUAUAUACUGGAUAUCAAACCGGCAGUUUGACUAUCCAUAUUUUGUAUUAAAAGCUUCUAUACAAA